CGCCGCGGAUCCCCUCUUUCUGUUGCCUGCGGUUCGCCGCCCCGUUCGCCGCCGCGAUGCCGGUGUUUCACACGCGCACGAUCGAGAGCAUCCUGGAGCCGGUGGCGCAGCAGAUCUCGCACCUGGUGAUCAUGCACGAGGAGGGCGAGGUGGACGGCAAAGCCAUCCCUGACCUCACCGCGCCCGUGGCGGCCGUGCAGGCGGCCGUCAGCAACCUCGUCCGGGUUGGAAAAGAGACUGUGCAGACCACUGAGGAUCAGAUCUUGAAGAGAGACAUGCCACCAGCAUUUAUUAAGGUUGAGAAUGCUUGCACCAAGCUGGUCCAGGCAGCCCAGAUGCUGCAGGCAGACCCUUACUCAGUACCUGCUCGAGAUUAUCUGAUCGACGGAUCAAGAGGCAUCCUCUCUGGCACUUCUGACCUGCUCCUUACCUUCGACGAGGCUGAGGUUCGUAAAAUUAUUAGAGUAUGCAAAGGAAUUUUGGAAUAUCUUACGGUGGCAGAAGUGGUGGAGACAAUGGAAGAUCUGGUCACUUACACGAAGAAUCUUGGACCAGGAAUGACGAAGAUGGCCAAGAUGAUUGACGAGCGACAGCAGGAGCUCACACACCAGGAACACCGUGUGAUGCUGGUGAACUCCAUGAACACUGUCAAAGAGCUGCUGCCUGUUCUCAUUUCAGCUAUGAAGAUUUUUGUGACAACUAAAAAUUCAAAAAACCAAGGAAUAGAAGAAGCUUUGAAAAAUCGCAACUUCACCGUAGAAAAGAUGAGUGCUGAAAUUAACGAGAUCAUUCGUGUAUUACAACUUACUUCUUGGGAUGAAGAUGCCUGGGCCAGCAAGGACACAGAAGCCAUGAAGAGAGCACUGGCAUCCAUAGACUCCAAACUGAACCAGGCCAAGGGCUGGCUCCGUGACCCCAGCGCCUCCCCAGGCGAUGCCGGUGAGCAGGCCAUCAGACAGAUCUUGGAUGAGGCUGGAAAAGUUGGUGAACUCUGUGCGGGCAAGGAGCGCAGGGAAAUCCUGGGUACCUGCAAGAUGCUGGGGCAGAUGACGGACCAGGUGGCUGACCUCCGCGCCAGAGGACAAGGUGCCUCUCCGGUGGCCAUGCAGAAAGCCCAGCAGGUGUCCCAGGGUCUGGACGUGCUCACAGCCAAAGUGGAGAACGCAGCCCGGAAGCUGGAAGCAAUGACAAACUCAAAGCAGAGCAUCGCUAAGAAGAUUGAUGCUGCUCAGAAUUGGCUUGCUGAUCCAAAUGGUGGACCAGAAGGAGAAGAACAGAUUCGAGGAGCUUUGGCCGAAGCUCGGAAAAUAGCAGAAUUAUGUGAUGAUCCUAAAGAAAGAGAUGACAUUCUUCGCUCCCUUGGAGAAAUAUCUGCUCUGACUUCUAAAUUAGCAGAUCUACGAAGACAGGGAAAAGGAGAUUCUCCUGAGGCCCGGGCACUGGCCAAGCAGGUGGCCACGGCCCUGCAGAACAUGCAGACCAAAACCAACAGGGCUGUGGCCAACAGCAGACCUGCCAAAGCUGCCGUGCACCUUGAAGGCAAGAUUGAGCAAGCCCAGCGGUGGAUUGAUAAUCCCACAGUGGAUGACCGGGGCGUAGGUCAAGCAGCCAUCCGGGGCCUUGUGGCCGAAGGGCAUCGUCUGGCUAAUGUCAUGAUGGGGCCUUAUCGCCAAGAUCUUCUUGCGAAGUGUGACCGAGUGGACCAGCUGACGGCACAGCUGGCUGACCUGGCUGCCAGAGGGGAGGGGGAGAGUCCUCAGGCCAGAGCUCUUGCAUCUCAGCUCCAAGACUCCUUAAAGGAUCUGAAAGCCCAGAUGCAGGAGGCCAUGACCCAGGAGGUGUCGGAUAUUUUCAGUGAUACCACAACUCCCAUUAAGCUGCUGGCAGUGGCAGCCACUGCGCCCCCUGAUGCUCCUAAUAGGGAAGAGGUAUUUGAUGAGAGGGCAGCUAACUUCGAAAACCAUUCAGGUAGACUUGGUGCCACUGCUGAGAAGGCGGCCGCCGUUGGGACUGCAAAUAAAUCCACAGUGGAGGGCAUUCAGGCGUCGGUGAAGACAGCACGAGAGCUCACACCCCAGGUCGUCUCAGCUGCUCGCAUCUUACUUCGGAACCCUGGAAACCAAGCCGCUUACGAGCAUUUUGAGACUAUGAAGAACCAGUGGAUUGAUAAUGUGGAAAAAAUGACAGGGCUGGUGGACGAAGCCAUCGAUACCAAAUCUCUGUUGGAUGCUUCUGAAGAAGCCAUUAAAAAGGACCUGGACAAGUGUAAAGUGGCCAUGGCCAACAUUCAGCCUCAGAUGCUGGUUGCUGGGGCUACCAGCAUCGCUCGUCGGGCCAACCGGAUCCUGCUGGUGGCCAAGCGAGAAGUGGAGAAUUCAGAGGACCCCAAGUUCCGCGAGGCUGUGAAAGCUGCGUCUGAUGAGCUGAGCAAAACCAUCUCCCCGAUGGUGAUGGAUGCAAAGGCCGUCGCUGGCAAUAUUUCUGACCCUGGCCUACAGAAGAGCUUCCUGGACUCGGGCUAUCGGAUCCUGGGAGCUGUGGCCAAGGUCAGAGAAGCCUUCCAGCCUCAGGAGCCUGACUUCCCACCUCCUCCUCCAGACCUUGAACAGCUCCGUCUAACAGAUGAGCUCGCUCCUCCCAAACCACCUCUGCCUGAAGGUGAGGUCCCUCCACCCAGGCCCCCGCCGCCAGAGGAGAAAGAUGAAGAAUUUCCCGAGCAGAAAGCUGGGGAAGCCAUUAACCAGCCAAUGAUGAUGGCUGCCAGGCAGCUCCAUGAUGAAGCUCGCAAAUGGUCCAGCAAGCCGGGUCACCCAGCUGCUGAGGUGGGUAUAGGUGUUGGUGAUGCUGCUGGGUUCCCUGUCCCCCCUGACAUGGAAGAUGAUUAUGAACCUGAGCUGCUGCUAAUGCCAUCCAAUCAGCCGGUCAACCAGCCCAUUCUGGCGGCGGCUCAGUCAUUGCAUCGGGAAGCCACCAAGUGGUCUAGUAAGGGCAAUGACAUCAUUGCGGCAGCCAAGCGUAUGGCUCUGCUGAUGGCUGAAAUGUCUCGGCUGGUGAGAGGGGGCAGUGGCACUAAGCGGGCACUGAUCCAAUGUGCCAAGGACAUCGCCAAGGCCUCGGAUGAGGUGACUCGGUUGGCUAAGGAAGUUGCCAAGCAGUGCACAGAUAAGCGUAUUAGAACAAACCUCUUACAGGUAUGCGAGCGAAUUCCCACCAUCAGUACCCAGCUCAAGAUCCUGUCCACGGUGAAGGCCACCAUGCUGGGCCGGACCAACAUCAGCGAUGAGGAAUCAGAGCAGGCCACAGAGAUGCUGGUUCACAAUGCCCAGAACCUUAUGCAGUCUGUGAAGGAGACUGUGCGAGAGGCAGAAGCAGCUUCAAUCAAAAUCCGAACAGAUGCUGGAUUUACACUGCGCUGGGUCAGAAAGACUCCCUGGUAUCAGUAG